CCAGUGGGCGACUGAGACAACGGCAACUCGUGCAUUUCUUAAUGUUUUCAUCGCUCGCGCUCUAAUUCCACUCACUUUUCACCCGCGAUGAUUUUGCUCCCGACUCGGACUCCUCUGAAUGGGGAAAGUGCACGGAGCUGAAUCAGCUGUCGUCGGGAUUUCCUAACAGCACCGCUCAUUGACUUGAUCAUAUUUCAGGAAGUGCUUUUUAUUUUUUUUUUGUGUCGUUGAGGGGGGUUCUUCCAGAUCAGCUGUUGGAGGACUGUGGGGUCUGGAUGAUGGUUGCGCUUCAGUGAAACAGUUGGCCAGUCCCAGUCCAUGCUUCAGCCGGGCAUCAUGAAUCCCGGGAGCCGGAGUCUGAAGUUUAUUUUGACAGCACUUCAGGCUUUAUCUGUCACUGUAUGGGUGUGUGACAGCGUGCUCUCCAAAUCUACGGAAGGGAAUCUCUUAAGUACGACUGUUCAUCACAGACCAACAGCAAAGCAGAAAGACUACGGGACCACAGUACCCCUGCAGCUUGUUGGACGCAACUGGAAACCAAUCAGCCAGCUCAAACCCCAGAGUCACCCUGCAUCGCUGAAGCUCCUGAUUGAAGCGGAAGGUGAACAGCUGCUCUUGGCUCUUGAGAAAAACGAGGGCCUGUUUGCAAGUAACUAUACAGAAACCCAUUACCUAGAAGAUGGCAUUGAAGUCACUGGCUCUCACAACUUCACGGCAAACUGCUACUACCACGGCGAGGUGGAGGGUCAUGUAAACUCAGACAUCAGCCUCAGCACUUGUAAUGGCAUUAAGGGUUUCAUAUCCCUGGAAGGCAAAUCUUAUGUACUGGAACCAUCUGCGGACCACUCUGAUGGGACUCACUGGAUCUACACAGCUGAACACCUCAAUUUUACUCCUGGCACCUGUGGCCAUGAUUACAACAUUUCCUCUCCCAUUGAACAUGCAGACGGUAGCAGUCCAUUCACAGCUUUCAGGACAAGGCACAAACGCCAUGUCCAGACGACGACCAAGUACGUGGAGCUGAUCAUCGUGGCUGACAACAGAGAGUUUCAGAAGCAAGGAAAGGACAUGGAGAAGGUCAAGCAGCGGCUGGCUGAGAUCGCCAAUUACGUGGACAAGUUCUACAGGGCCCUGAAUAUCCGUGUAGCCCUUGUGGGCCUGGAGGUGUGGAGUGACGUGGACAAAUGUCCCGUCACUCAGGACCCUUUUACUACCCUGCAUGAGUUCCUCGACUGGAGGAAGGUCAAGUUGCUGCCUCAGAAGCCGCACGACAACGCCCAGCUAAUCAGUGGGGUGUACUUCCAGGGCACCACCAUUGGUAUGGCACCUAUCAUGAGCAUGUGCACAGCAGAACAGUCAGGAGGAAUCGUUAUGGACCACUCGGACAACCCUCUGGGUGCUGCAGUCACUCUGGCCCAUGAGCUCGGACACAACUUUGGAAUGAACCACGACACGCCAGAGAGGGGGUGUGGCUGCAGGGUCACAGUGGAUCGUGGAGGCUGCAUUAUGACUCCCUCCACAGGGUAUCCUUUCCCUACAGUGUUCAGCAGCUGCAGCAAGAAGGAUCUGGCUGCCAGUUUUGAAAAAGGCGUCGGGAUGUGCCUCUUCAACAUGCCUGAGGUCAAAGUGCUCUACGGCGGGCAGAAAUGUGGCAACGGCUAUGUGGAGGAGGGGGAGGAGUGUGACUGUGGGGAACUGGAGGAAUGUAUGAAUCCCUGCUGCAAUGCUACAACCUGCACCCUGAAGGGAGAUGCUGUUUGUGCACAUGGACAGUGCUGCCAGGAUUGUCAGCUGAAGCCAGCUGGAACUCCAUGCCGUGAAUCCAGUAACUCUUGUGACCUUCCUGAGUUCUGCACCGGCACCAGUCCUAACUGCCCCUCCAACGUCUACCUACAUGACGGCCACGCCUGCCACAGCGUGGACGGCUACUGUUACAAUGGAAUCUGCCAAACCCACGAGCAGCAGUGUAUCACACUGUGGGGCCAAGGUGCAAAGCCAGCUCCAGGGAUCUGCUUUGAAAGAGUCAACUCAGCGGGAGAUCCCUAUGGCAACUGUGGCAAGGACUCUAAAGGCUCUUUCGCUAAAUGUGAUGCCCGGGACGCUAAAUGUGGUAAAAUCCAGUGUCAAGGAGGAGCUAACCGUCCAGUAAUUGGUACCAACGCUGUUUCCAUAGAAACAAACAUCCCUUUGCAGGACGGCGGGAGGAUCCUGUGCAGAGGAACACAUGUUUACCUGGGCGACGACAUGCCUGACCCCGGCCUGGUGCUGACGGGAACAAAGUGUGCAGAUGGAAUGAUGUGUCUGAAUCGUCAGUGCCAGAACGUCAGUGUUUUCGGCGUGCAUGAUUGUUCUGCAAAAUGCAGUGGUCGAGGGGUGUGCAACAACAACAAGAACUGUCACUGCGAGGCUCACUGGGCGCCGCCGUUCUGUGACAAGGCAGGUUUCGGAGGAAGCGUGGACAGCGGGCCCAUCAGAUUAGCAGACAAUGGGAGUCUCACCGUGGGCAUCCUGGUUGCUCUCCUCACUGUCAUGGGAGCUGCUCUAAUCAUCUGCAUCAAGAGAAAAACCCUCCUCAGCCUCCUCUUCACCAGUAAAAAGAACCAGCUUGAGAAGCUGAGAUCAGUGAGUGCUGCCAUCAGCGGACCGUCCCCUCCUAACCAGCCCCCGUCAGCCAGCACAACUUCCCCGUCUCGCCCGGCUCCGCCUGUCCCCCACAGCGCCACCAUCUUCAAGCCUCCUCACCGGGGGCCCGAGGCAGUGCUCCCACCAGCACCCUACCCCUCCCACCACAGCCUGCAUAGACUGCCCCAGUGCCCUCCGGUUCACCUCAGCCACCCUGUCCCUCUGUCUCUCACCCUGUCCCUGUCCCCAGGCCCUGUGCAGCCAAGACCUCCUUUGCCUCCUCCUCAUAUCCAUGUUGCACCCCGUGGGGCGCCAUUUCGUAACACGUCACGCCACAACUCCUGCAGGAUGGUCAUGGAGUUGGAGAAGCCCAGUCCUCCUCAAAAACCCCUUCCAGCUGAUCCAAGGACCUCCCGUGUGCUUCGAAGCCCCUCUGUAGUCCAAGGACCUUCAUCCGUUUGUGGCCCUGCAGCAGUAUCUGUCUUACCCCGACCCGUUCGCCCUCUCCCACGCCCGAACAGACCCAGUCCCAAGCAGCCUCCGACACUACCAAAGCCUUGCAUAAUCGCCAACAUCAAAUACAGCAGCUGAGACUUUGGCCCAAGGGGACAUUGUUGUGAUAAGACACUUAAAAAAAUAAUUUUGCACUAUGAAAACUCUGAAAACCUUAAAAAGAUGGCGGCUUCUCUGAGAAUCAGUAGACGUGCCAUGUCCCUUUUGGUGCUCUGUCUCUAAAAUGGUGCUACGAGUCUGAGCUCAGGUACAUGUAAAGUAUUUAUAUUCUGUAUUUAUUGCCACACAGUGCACUGUGCCAGACACUUUUACUACACAGUAGCAACAUAGAAUUUUAAAUUUGCUUUUUACAGCAUUUUUUUAAUCAACAUAUGAUCAUCAAGACAAGUGUUAGGAGAUUUUAUUGAAAAAAAGGCAAAUCUGUGAAAUUGCGAUUGCAGGAAUGUUUAUGUGAAAUAUCUUUUAAUGAAGGGAACACUACAUUUUUGUUAGCAUUUUGUUCUUUUAAUUUCAAGAAGAGAAAAAGAAUUUUGUGCAGUGACACAAGAGAACAUGUAGUUUGUUUUGAAGGCAGUAUUUCUUUUCCUGAAGGUUUUUGCUCUGAGUAGCAGUGUUGAGCCAGUCGGACAAGGCUUGAAUCAACCACUGAAAGAGAAAAGUGGUUUUGUUGCAUCUUUUCUGCCAAGUUUUCUUCAAAUCUGGAGAGGAGAGAGUUGAAGUUCUAGGUUAAUCCAUCUCACAUAUUCACAGAGCUGGGCACACAUCUGUUCAUCUAUUAAUUGUUCAUUUUCAGCAUUAAUUUUGAAUGUUGACUUUCAUUUGAAAAAACAUUACUGAAUCUUUACAUUCUUUAAAACUCAGUUUCAUCAUGUUUAAAGCCAGAGCAUAAGAGAGCUUACUUAAUGCCUGAAAAGCCAAAAUGCUGCCAACUAUGGGCGCUUUUGUUGUGAAAUUUUCAGGCAAGAAUAUCAGUGUUUUUUUUGUUUGUUUGUUUGUUUUUUUAAAUGAAUGUAAAGUGUUUUGAUUAAAUAAUUUACUGGAUUUGAAUAUGUGGUUCUCAGCUGGUCUUGUCUCAGGACCUACAACCAACUAUUUAAUGAGAAAUCAUGACCCAAAUUUCUGAAAAUGUUCAUUUUUUUAUGAAAAAUAUUGCAGGGAGGAUCUUAAAUGGAACAAAAGAUAUGAUUAAAUAAACAGACAGGACAAAACAAACAUGUUUAAGAAGUGCAUCAUAACAGAAGUCCUGGGAGGACAUGCAUGCAUACAUUUUAUUUCACUCCAUUUUCUGUGACAGCCAAGGCCAGAUUAACAUGACUGUGCCCCUGGGCAUCUGCUACCCAGUGAACCUACCAACGCUUAAUGCCCUUGCUACCACAGAAUCAACAGUAAAGAACAGUAUUCAGGCCAGUCAGUGCUUUAAUAUCCCCGAGUCAAGUCAAGAACACAUGUCCAAAUGUUGAAUCUGGCCUUUUAAGUUUAAGUAAAUACUGCUACAUAGCACUUGGGAGUGCCACUCAGUUAGAAGCAGCAGGCUAUUCAAAGGGUCUGUGACCCAUUGCUUUCCUCAACAGUGUCUGGGCAAUGUCCAGUUGUCCUCAUGCUUACACCAGCCUUGGUGGCAGCACCUGAAUUUUGGUUGAUUUUUAGAGAUUUCAGGAAUUUAACACAUUCAUAGGAAAGCCAGCUUCAGCUGUUAGCCCAGGGUGUGAAGUUGAAUAAAUCAAGUCUAAGAAAAUAACUAAAACAAGACAGAUCAUAGUGAGACACCGGAUCUGUCAGAACAGAAACACACAGCAAAACUUUCAAAAUAAAAUUGGAUUCUGGUUUGGAUAAGGGUUUAGAUCAGGGUUGGGCUAAAUAAAAAGUGAAAAACCUGACCUGUAAAACCUGAUUACAACACAUUUAAUAAAGCCAAAUAAAUGGUCUACUUACAGGAAAAAUCUUGUCCUCCAUUAAUUACACUCUAACAUAGCUAAUGUAGCUAAGGCUAAAGUUAACACAGCUACUUAAGCUACAUAGAUUACAUAGCUACUUAGCAAAAAUAGCUGAAUCUAAAGCUAAAGAAGCUACUUUAGCUCUGUUUACUAUGUAGGUCUCAUAGCUACAUAACUAACGUAGCCAUUUAGAUAACUUUGCUACUUUAGCUACUUUAGAAUAUGCUAUGUUUCCUUAAGCUAGACCUGUUUUGGAAGUUUUUACACAAACAAUGGCUCAUUCUAGCUUUGUAAGCUUUCACUAAAGCUAUUGUAGCUACAUUGUCUUACAUUCCCGUAAGGCAGCUAAAGCGAGCCAGCAUUCGCCUACAAACUUCUAAAACGUGUCUAUACAUAAUUUAAUCCUGGAUUAGACAGCUGAUCUUUUCUUGGUUUUAUUUAUGAGAUGUUGCUCAGUCUGUAAUGUCUGCAGUUGAGUUAUUUUAUGAACUGUCAGACUGUAUCUAUCAACUAAGCACUUAGAGAGCGCAGACCUCCGCCAUUAGCCCUAUCUCACGAUAGUGAAGAAUCCUUUAAAAAAUUCCUGGAUCCAGACGGUGAUCCAGAUCACUCCCAAAAUCUAAUCAGUUCUUCCUUAUGCCAUUUCUGUCAUUUCCCGAAAAUUUCAUCAAAUCUGUCCAUAACUUUUUGAGUUAUGUUGCUAACAAACAAACAAACAAACCCUGCUGAUCACAUAACUUCCUUGGCGGAGGUAAUAAAGUUGAAUUCUUUAAAAACUUCUGAAACAUACCGUUAAAUUAUGUCCUUUCUGUUCUGACAGAUGCAGCGUCUCACAAUAGUGGUUUGCAAAAAGGGAUGCCAGACAUCUGGGGUCUGCAGCCAGACCACUUUCAACCAAAAUUCCCUUGUUAUCACAGAAAAAGAGAGAAAUGAUAAAUAAAUGGAGAUAUUAAAGCUUGGAGCUUCCCAAACAGGUUCCCAACCCACUUUUGGGUCCUGAUCCACCAGUUGAGAACCACUGAUUUACAGUGUUUUUGUUGGAAUAUUAUGGUCAAGAGAGAACGGUAAAGCUUGAAAUGGAAAGUUAUAUGACUAUAAAUCAUUAUUUGUUUGCUGGUGGCCUGGUAGAUGGCAUAGAUUGGAUGGCUGGGUCUCAAAAUAGUUGGAAUCACAACUUUGAUCUAUGGUGUAAUACUUAAACACAGCAGCUGUUUAAGUGACUGUGAUAAUAAAAUAACCACUGGCAGACCAUUAGACUUUCAUAAGGAAGCAGUUUAAAUGUUAACUUCUGUUCAUUUCGAUCAAAAUGAACUAUUACUGCGGUUAACAUGUUUUUGAACAAAUCAGUGGUUAACUGAUUCAAAAUUUCUGCACAUACAGUAUUUCAGGAAAGGUAACAGUGAAGUGUCACUGAUUCUGUUUCAUUUAACAGUCCUUGAGGAGCUCACUUUGGGGAUGUAGGGACACGUUUUAAAUGGAGUUUGGAAGCAAAAAGGGGAGGAUAAAACAUACAUCCCACGGAGAGGAUCUUUGAAAUAUUGCUCUGCUUGAAGUCAUCUGCGCUUUUGACUAUUUCCCUGUGUGCUCAAGGAAUUUUUGUGUUGUUUAAUCAUGAAAUCAAUGAAGACUUUCUCAAAGUUUCAGCUGUACAGAUGUCAUUUAGGUACGCACACUUCUAUAGGGUUCGUGUGAGGAUUUUAAGGUGACAUAUCAUACCCAUUUUCCAACUUUUAACACAGUCCCUUGUGGGUCUGCAUGAAAUGUCUCUCCCAUGCUUGGGUUGAAAAAUAACAUGGAUCAGGCACCAGAGGUUGACCCUGUAUAAACCAACUCCAAACAGCCUUUGUCUGAGUGGUCUAUUUUUGUGGGUGUCUCUUCAAAUAAAUGAGCUCUUUUUCUAAGAUACAGCUGUGUAGUGAGAAAUACCUGAUUAGAGGCUGGUAUUGUUAUAAUUGCAACAAGGAGAGCAGAUUCUGACUGGAAAAUUAGAAUUUUGUUCUUUCAGACAUAUAAAAACCACAGAAAAAGGACUGGGUUGGCUAAUUUAACAUUUCCUGGGUCAACAGAUACUCCAGAUACCUUAACACAGGUGCAAAAAAACUGAAAAGGGGGCCUCUAAAUGAUAGAUACCCUUUGAAAUCUGUAGUGGAAAAGGAAAUAUGCACUUAUCAUACAGUUAUUCAUUUUCUAGUUUUGUUACCCUUUUAAUUUAGCUAAUGGGGGAUAUCUUGAGCUCAACAGUGUGGUUCUGGAGGUAAAAGUCCCAUUCAAACUCACGCCAUCUGAGUGUAAAAUGAUGGUUAUACUCCUGCAGAAAACACAAGUUCAUACACUAUGAACCUUGUUUAGAUAAAACACAGUUAUGUUGCCAUCGAGAGUUAAAAAACUACACUACCCACAAUCCUUGACUGUCUCACUGUAGCACUGUAAUGUAGAAAAAAUGUCUGUGUACAGUUUAAAAGUUUGAAAAGCUAUCAUUAGCAAUGAAUUUAGCGAAUCACAAUGGAUUGUGGGAGUUUUUGGGAUGCUUGUUGUCUCAGUUCCUGGAUACAAAAUGCUGAUGUAUGGAGGAUUUGAACUGGGCAAUUUAGUUCCAGAGCCAAAUCCCUCAUAAAAGUGGGCAGUCACUGUUGAGCUCUGUUAGAUUUCCGGUCAUUAAAGCAUGUUUUAUUCAUCAGAAUAAAUUCCUUUUUUCUUUUUUUUUUUUUUACUUGAUUGCAAUGCAGCAUAUAUACAUUCACGUCAAAGCAACAUUUCCUUUAAGCGCAGCUCUUGGUGAAAUAUGUAGGCUCGUAUCUGACUUUUGUUACUUUUGAUACUGUUCUAUCUUUAUAAUACUGCACUACUUGUACAUGCCUUGCUUUGUUUCUAUGCUUUUCCAAUGCUCUCUGUGUCCAUGUGCAAGCAGGCAGUCACCCGACUGCACAUUUUGUCCAUCAUAUUUCUUGUAAGUUGUGUUACAGGUGAACACACUUCCAUGGAGAAUGCUUUUUAUAUAAUGAUUGUUUGAUACAUCAUAUGUAAAGAAAAAUCUUCAAAUGUCAGCGUCUAGUUGUGGUAUUUUGAACACUC